AUCUGUCACCAUGCUCUUACUGACUGUCCUCCCUCUGCUGCUGUCCGCGGUAUCCGCCGGAUACGUCGGCUCUUACGGCGCUCUCUCCUACGCCCCCGCCCCCGUAGUGGCCGCUCCUGCCGUGAGCUACGCUGCCCCAGCCGUCAGCUACCAUGCCCCUGCAGUGAGCUACGCCGCCCCAGUAGUCAAAGCUGCACCUGUAGUCUCCUAUGCUGCCCCUGCUGUGAGCUACGCCGCACCUGCAGUAAGCUACGCUGCACCCGCAGUAAGCUACGCCGCCCCAGUGGUCAAAGCCGCGCCAGUUGUGUCCUAUGCCGCCCCGGUAGUCAAAGCUGCCCCUGUUGUAAGUUACGCUCCUGCCGCCACCUCCUAUUCCAACUCCUACCGAGUUUCUUCUAGCUACGCCCCUGCUUACACUGCAGCCUACCACGCACCCGUAGUCGCCGCCCCUGUAGUCAAGGCAGCUCCGGUCGUUUCCUACGCUGCGCCUGCUGUAAGCUACGCCGCACCUGUAGUCAAAGCUGCCCCCGUAGUCUCAUACGCCGCUCCAGCUGUUAGCUACGCUCCCAGUUACGCCGCAGCCUACCAUGCCCCUGCCGUUAGCUACGCCCCUAGCUACGCUGCUGCAUACCAUGCACCGUCUGUCAGCUACGCUCCCAGCUACGCAGCUGCCUACCACGCGCCCGCUGUCAGCUACGCUGCCCCCUACGGCUACGCUUCUGCCCUCAAGACUUACAUUCACUAAGCGGUGAAUUCUGUUGUUGAACGACAUUUAUCUCGUGUUGUACAAAUGUUUGUUUGUGAAUAAAUUAUUUAUUUAUUGCAGUUA